AUGGCAGACAACACCGAACCCUCCGGCGUCCGUAACCGGCGCCCAUCUUCAGCAGACUCCCUCCUAUCCGCCGCCAAGAGCUUCGAGUCCAAGCUCGAGCACUCGCUGCUCAUCCUCUGGGAUGACCUCCCCGCCUGGCGUCGCGACAACGCCUUCAUCCUCUCGGGCUACCGGCAGUCCCGCGGGUCCUACACGCACUCGCUGCGCUCCCUCUUCUACCUCCACAACGAGUCCGUCAACAUCUGGUCGCACCUCCUCGGGGCCGCGGUGGCACUCAUAGGCGCGGCGUACGUGGACCGAGUGGUCCGCCCGCGGUAUGCGACCGCCAACGUCACCGAUGUGGCCGUGUUUGCGUGCUUCUUUGGAGGAGCCGUGGUGUGUCUGGGUAUGAGCGCUACCUUUCAUACCUUGUCGAAUCAUAGUGAGAUUGUGGCAAAGUGGGGGAACAAGUUGGAUUACACGGGAAUCGUGGCUUUGAUCGUGGGGAGUUAUGUUCCUGCGCUCUACUAUGGAUUCUUCUGUCAUCCCUAUCUGACGAGGGCAUAUCUUUCUUUGAUUUGUAUUCUUGGACUUGGCUGUGCUAUUGUAUCGUGGGUUGAGCGUUUCCGCACCCCUCGAUGGAGGCCCUAUCGAACUAUGAUGUUCGUUGGUCUCGGUCUUUCGGGUGUCGUCCCCAUCAUCCAGGGCGCUUUCGUCUACGGCAUACAGGGUCUCGAGGACCGUAUGAGUCUGAGCUGGACUGCCUUGCAUGGUGCUAUGUAUAUCUUCGGUGCCUUCCUUUAUGCGACUCGCUGGCCCGAGAGAACCGCUCCCGGGAUGUUUGAUAUCUGGGGAAGCUCGCAUCAGAUCUUCCACGUCUUUGUCAUCCUUGCGGCUGCCACUCACUUCUAUGGCAUGGCCAAGGCGUUUGACUACCACCACACCGUUCUGGGAUCUCAGUGCUUCGAGGACUGA